AUGCGUCUCCUUCAUCUUCUUUGUGCGGUUAUUGCAGUUCUUGCUUUGUUGUUGGCGGUGAUUCCUGAGGAAGACAAUUUUUCAGGGGCUGUGCCUGGUGAGUACUCGUUCCGUGAGUUGAAACAAAAAUUUGGUGAGUCUAGAAAUCUUGACCACGCUGAGACAAGAAAGCUAUAUAAUUCUCUUUUGACCGAAUUCAAGGAGUACUUUAAGCAUCAUAGAAAUACACAGGAAGUGGCGCGGCAAGCUAUUUUCUGUAACGCAUUGCGCUGGAGGGCUCGCUUGUACGCAAGAUCGAGAGAUGGAACAUACCCAAUUCCUGUCUUGACGGAUUGGUUUCUCCAACUACGGGACAGUUACGUUCACGGCCUUCGAUAUCUUCCAAAGAAUUUUUUUCAGGAUGUGGGAAAUGCGUUAACCGGUGAUUUUUCUUUUCGACGUUCUAUACUUGUUAUUAGGCAAAUUCGUGAAUGCCUUUUUCCAUCAGUGGAUUCCACGGGUUGCCCAUCAUAUCAGUUUCUUCGUCAUGUUAGGGGGAAAAAUGAUGACGAUGUGCUUGCAUCAUGCACGGAAGGCAACCCAUGGUAUGGUUCUGCUUAG